AUGUCUAAUCUCAGCAUUGCCGAGAAGGCUGCCUUACUUCGUUCCAUCGCAGAAGACAUCCAAGGAAACGAGCGCAUUGAAGAACUUCUUGAGAAAAAGCCAAAUUUCCGUGCAUACAAUGGUUUUGAGCCAAGUGGUCGUAUGCAUAUUGCCCAAGCUCUUGUCACAGCAAUUAACUGCAAUGCUAUUACAAAGGCUGGUGGUACAAUGGUUCUCUACAUCGCAGAUCUUUUCGCUCAAUUAAACCACAAAAUGGGCGGCGACAUGAAAAAGAUCCACGAUGUCGGCAGAUACUUCGUUGAAGUAUUCAAGGCCUGCGGCAUGGACCUUGAUCAUGUUGAAAUCAUUUGGACAGCAGAUUUCAUCAAGGAGCAUCAGAGAGAAUAUUUCGAGCUUGUUCACGAUAUUUCAUCAUUUGCAACACUUUCACGUAUCAAACGUACAGUUACAGCUAUGGGACGUACAGAAGGUGACAAACUUUCACUUUCUCAGCUUCUUUACCCUUGCAUGCAAGCUACAGAUGUUUUCAUGCUUGAUGUUGAUAUCUGCCAGCUCGGCGUUGAUCAGCGUAAGGUCAACAUGCUCGCUAUUGAAUACGCAAACCACGUAAAGAGACCAUCUCCAAUUAUUCUUUCCCACCACAUGCUUAUGGGCUUAAAGGGCAAGGCUCACAAGAUGUCUAAGUCAGACCCAAUGUCCGCUAUCUUUAUCGAAGAUGAAAAGGAUAGAAUCGUCGAAAAGAUGAUGAACGCUUACAAUCCACCAGAAGCAGCCGAAAACCCACUCUUCGAAUACAUCAAGUACAUCAUUCUUAGAAAACUCGGCUCAAUUACAAUCAACGGAAAGGAAUACACAAAGAUCGAAGACGUCGAAGCCGACUUCCCAUCCUUCUUCAAGGAUGAUGAGGCAAAGAAGGGCCUCGUAAUGGCUGUCGCUGAAGCUGUCGACGCUUGCAUCCAGCCAGUUCGUGAUCACUUCAAAUCUUCUCCAGAAUUGAUCGAACUCCUCAAGCGCGUUGAAGAAUACAGAGUUACACGUUAA